AAACUAACCAGGAAAUAUGCUAGAAUGCAAAAAAAAAGAGAACCCUUAAAAAAUUGGGCAGAUCUUAAACAACCAAACAGGAAAUUAUGUCAGUUGCCAUGGUGUCAGAUCUACAUAGGAAAGGACGUUUGCUGUCUGAUCGUUUGAAGAAACGUGGUCCAUGCUGGACCAGCAGAGACAACACCCAUCUCUGCCAUGCUGACAGAAACAACAGAUACACUGGGAGAGUGGAGACAAACAAAGCAUUGAUCUGUCAUUUUUCCAUUCUGACCUUGUGGAUUCUACGAUGGUGACCACGAAUGACACCAGUGCCCUGGUGCCUUCCUCCAGCAACUGCACCAACCUGUAUGACCACAGCGGGUGGGCACGCGUGUUCCUGCCCACCGUUUACUUCGUUAUCUUCGUGGCAGGGCUGCUGGGUAACAUGCUGGCCCUCCACGUCAUCUGGCCCAACACGAAGAAAAUCAACUCCACCACACUGUACUCGGCCAACCUGGUGGUGUCCGACAUCCUGUUCUCGCUGACUCUGCCGCUGCGCGUGCUCUACUACGCGCUGGGCUUCCACUGGCCGCUGGGUGAGGCUCUGUGCAAGGCCUCCGCUCUGCUCUUCUACCUCAACGUGUACGCCGGUGUCAACUUCAUGACGUGCCUGAGCGUGGACCGCUUCGUGGCCGUGGUGCUCCCGUUGCGCUUCGCCUGCCUGCGCCAGGUUCGCACUGUGCGCUACGUGUGCGCUGGCGUGUGGGCGCUGGUGCUUGCCCAGACGCUGACGCUCCUGGGCAUGCCCAUGAGCCACAAAGAGAGCGACGGAUGGGUCACGUGCAUGGAGUACCCCAGCCUGGAGCAUGUGGAAGGCCUGCCCAUCAUACUGAUCUGCGCCGUGCUCCUGGGCUACGGCCUGCCCCUCGUCACCAUCCUGGCGUGCUACUCGGCGCUCUGCUUCAAGCUCCGCCUACUGGCCAGGACAAAUCAGCUGACGGAGCGCUCGGGCCGCAGCCGCAAGGCCAUCGGUGUCAUCUGCUGUGUCAUCCUUGUGUACGUGGUCUGCUACAGCCCCUACCACAUCGACCUUCUGCAGUACAUGGUUCGGAAGCUGCACUACGAGCCGGACUGUGCCGAGCUGCACGCCUUCCAGAUCUCCCUGCACAUCACUGUUUGCCUGAUGAAUCUCAACUCGUGCUUGGACCCCUUCAUUUAUUUCUUCGCUUGCAAAGGCUACAAGAAGAAGAUGCUGAAGUUGCUCAGGAGGCAGAUCAGCACAUCCUUCUCCAGUGUAGCUAGGACUUCCCCAGAGGGCUCUUCCCGGGACGUGAUUGGCCACGACAAAAUCCAAAUGAACAGUAGGGCCUAUCAGAAAGUGGAGCAGCGAGGGAGAAAUUCUCAGCUUCUGGACAGUGAACAGAGUCCAAAUAGUGACAGCGGAUUCGGAACCACCGGGAAAGUGGCUCACUAUGCAACAAAACAAAAUAUGCUGCCAUAGGAGCAAUGUGAGCAGUUUUCAGGAAGAUUAUAUCAGGGCACAACUGAUGUUCUAUAAUUUAUUACUCUCAGUGUAUAUAUUUCUCAUCUCUGAUCUGUCCGUUAGAAUUAUAUUGCUUACUGCCAUAUUUUUGUAUAAUAAUAAAAUUGUUGCUGUUUCAAAUGUUUAAGAUAUCAUCAAGUAUUAGUUCCUUAAAACCUAAUCUUUUUAAGAUCUUUUGGCUGGGCUCCUCAGAAGAAGAGACAUGUUCUCAUUAAUGGUCUCUAAUCUAAGAGUGCCCCCUUCUGUCAUACUCCUCUUAGAUGUGUUUGCAGGGUUAGAUGUCGGUUAACAGAGUGAUCAUUACCACAGUCCUUGACCGCAGUCUGUGACCACAGCCUAUGUAUGAAAGCACUGUGCUACAAAAAAUUAAACCAAAGAGUGCUUGCAACUCAGUCUUUGUCAUCUGUAGUUUUAGAUUAAAAAAUAGAUUUUUUUAAACUAUCCAGAGAUUUUGUAAAAAGCACCAAUCAACAUAUGUUUCCUAAUCAUAUGCAUAGAAAAGCAUUGUCUGUUUAACUGCAGUUUCAGAGAUGUGCCUCAAGAGGGCAAUAUAAUUCGACAGCACAUUCUAUAUCCCUGUAGCCUCAUUAAUUUACUUGCAAUGCAUUGACACCUUUACACUGGCAAAGGGCCCAUAGGCAGAAGUACAGUCUAUUUGUUUUAGCAGCAAAUGGCAAUGACAACAUCAGUCCAAUUUUCCUUAGAAAAACUUAACUGUUAACUGUCUGCAAAAUUUCUCCUUUCUCCUCAUUUGGGUUGUGCAAAGUAGAGAUGGUUAUAACAUUUAAUCAGGGGAAUCUUCAGUUCAUGAUUCUGAAUGGGUGAAAGCUGCCAGUUAUAAAACUUUCCUGCCAAUCCAGGGCUCAUGCAGGAACUCAGAUCAGCGUUAAUGCAUGCUGUGUGGAUUUCUGGCAACAACCUGAAACCUCUUUUUGGUUCUGAGCUGAGAAAUGCCUUCUUUUAUACAUUUUGUCCAAACUGCGAGAUGCAAGGCUAUCUUCCUCCUCACAGAACAUGCCAAACCACGUGCCAACUGUUCGAUCUGCAGCCUGACAAGCCAGACAUGAAAAACGCUACCCAUUUCCCCUUUAACAGCUGGACAUUCUGGUGUUUGCACCAGAAAAUGCAUCAUAAAAUAGAUAUCUUUUCUAAAUACCUUCAUUAUGUUCCAGCCAGCAGGUCUGCCCAAAGAUUGGUUCC